GCGGGUCGUGCCCCGGAGUGCCGGAGCUUUCCGUGCAGCCGUGCGUCGGGUUGAGGGUUAAAGCGGACGCUGCUGGGGGAGGCAGCGCGGGCCUGUUGAAGCCUUUGUCCGACAGUUUUAAAGAGAAUCGACGUAAAACUGGGAGGGUCCUGAUGUCACAGCAGGCGCUAUUAAGGAUCGGACCGUAACAAGCAGCGCGCUGUUUGCUGCUCAGGAGAGCGGUUGCUUUGCCCUUAGACGCGUGUAUGUGUAAGUGUACGUGUGUGUACCUGCGUGCGCUUCGCACGUGUGUAUCUCCACGUAUACAGGCACGUGUCCGUGCACGUAUGUGAAUGUGCUUCCUUGUUUGUGCUGGCCUCUGGCCUUCGGAUUGUCCAGACGAAGCAUGUAAGUAAUAGUGCACUGAUUUUGAUGUUGGCUCCACCAAAGUAGCGCAGCAGCUUUUGCCUACCAGGAUAAAGUGGAAUUGUAGGCGUUUCCUUUUGUCUCCGCUCUUCCUGUUUCCCUGCAUCGUGAUUGUAGUGUGGGGGAACUGGCUGGCAUGUAUUUUGUGGGAUUUUCCCUGACCUCAGCCACAUGGCACACUUGUCUGAUGCUGCUGAUGUCUGUGAGGCUCAUAGUCCCACUGCCUUAGUACCUGGAAAAUACUCAUGGAGCUCCCCUGUUGCAGAAGCAAAAGCAGUUUCAUGAGCAGUUCAAAUUCUCAUCUCCGCCUUUGACUUAAAUGCAUUACUUGCUUUGCAGUAUUUGGUUUACAGUAGUACACAACUGUGUGGUAUAUAAACAUUAAGGAACAUGGAAGAUAAAAAUGGUAGAGUUUCUUGGCCAUACUAGGAGCUCAUACCCAACUGAAGUUUUCUCCAACUACCACAUGAUGCUGUCUGUCGUUUUUUUUAGCCUUUGUGAGCCUUCUGCAAUGCUCUGAGCAGCUCUGUUCCUGCCUUAGCCCUACACUAUAGCUCAACUUCCCUUCUGUGUGUCUCUUUCCCCACUCUGUAUCUCCCUGGUUCCUUGCUUCUUCCUUUUGCCCAUUUCCUCUUUCCCUGCAUGGAAUCUCAGAAUGGCUCGAGUUGGAAGGACCUCAAGGAUCAUGAAGCUCCACCCCAUCCCCCCCCGCAACAAGGCAGAGCCACCAACCUCCCCAUUUAAUUCCAGACCAGGCUGCCCAGGGCCCCAUCCAACCUGGCUAACCAGGGACGGGGCAUCCACAGCCUCCCUGGGCAGCUCUUCCAGCACCUCACCACUCAUAGUAAAGAAGUUCCCCUGAUAGCCAACCUAAAUCCUCCCCCCCUCAACUUAAAACCGUUUUCCCUUGUCCUGCUGUUAUCUACUCUUGCAAAGAAUUGUAAAUUUUUGUUUAUGAAGAUGUAAAUUUUCUUUCUAGAAUUUGGAGAUCACAAGGGAAAUAACUUGCCUUGUCCUCCAUCUGACUGUGUCUGACACUUUGGCACCUAACCAGAUCGUUUCAGGAAGACAAAGUACAACCUGACCUGUGGUGGUGCAGGUAAUUGCUUGGUUUAACAAGAGCAGGGAAUGCAAUCAAAAGGAAGGGGCAGUGCUUUUUCUCACAUUUGAGUCUCAGUUUAGUCUUUGUUUUUGGCUGUUUCCCAUACCCAUUAAUUCAGAGUAGAUGUUAGUUUUUGGAAGUAAAGCUCAACUGUAGGUUUUGGUGAUUUCUGUUUCCCCCCCAGCAUACUUUGUGGUCUGCUCUGCUCCCACUUGGAGAUCUAGCGUUCAUUUAGCAGUUUUUUUUGUACACGUAUCUGUACUGGUGCCAGCUUUACAGGGAUAUGGGACAGGGUUCUGCUGCUUUCACAAAACUGUUAAUGCAGGUGGUUUUGAAGCGCAUGCAUGGCACAUCCAGUUAGAGAGGAUGGCUUGAAAACAAAUACAAAGAUACCUAACAGCUACUUUGUGCUAGCUUGUUAGGAAAACUUUUGUUUUUCCCCACAUAAUUAAAAGUAAAAAUAUUGUUAUAUCCAUGGUGCAACCCGAAGCAAUGUUUUGACACUGAAUCCUCAUCACAUGUAGGAAGAGAUAUUUGUUUUAUAUGUAGCAAGUGCUUUAUAAGUUGCUAGCUUGGUGACUAGAUUCUACAGUGCGCAUGUACUGCAUUAUGUUUUGUGUAGGUGCAAAUGAGAACAAAUUUGAACAGCAAACUUAUUAGCAUAAAUGAAAGUACUGGAACAAAGUAUGUUGCCAUUGCCCUAAAAUCAAACAGUUUUUAUGUGAGCUUCAGUGCUGCGUUGCAAACUGGCAAGUUAACUUAAAGUUAAAAUAUGUUUUACUAUAAUGGAGUCAAAACCUCCUCAUUUGCAUGUUGUACAUGUGAUCUGCUUUAGGUUGAGGAUAAAACAGUACUUAAGUGAAAAAUUAACCUCUGCAAAUCAGAUAUUUCUCCCAGGAGAGUGUAUCUUAGUAAGGCGCUGUGUGCGCCUCAGUUAUGAAUUAGGGGAUGUGUCCAACUGUUUUAACUUCAAGUUCUUUUGUUUGUUUGUUUGUUUGUUUUGGAAGUGGAUUAAAUGGCGACAUUAAUUCGCACUUUAACAGAUCAUAGUGAUGAUGUCAACUGCUGUGCCUUCUCAUCAUCGUGCUUGGCUACUUGUUCCUUGGACAAAUCAAUUCGUAUUUACUCUUUAAAUGACUUCACUGAGCUCCCAUACUCGCCUUUGAAAGGUCACGCAUACGCUGUGCACUGCUGCUGCUUCUCUCCAUCAGGACACACUUUAGCUUCGUGUUCCACGGAUGGCACUACCAUCGUUUGGGACGCUCGUGAUGGUCGGAUGCUGGCAGUGCUGGAGCAGCCCACUGGCAGCCCAGUCAGAGUCUGCCGCUUUUCCCCUGAGUCCUCUUACCUGGUGUCAGGUGCAGCUGAUGGAAGUGUUGUUCUUUGGAACGUGCACUCAAUGAAAAUGUACAGGUCUGGGAAUGUUAAAGAUGGUUCUUUGGUGGCCUGUGCUUUUUCUCCGUGUGGAAAUUUCUUUGUCACUGGAUCAUCAUGCGGUGAUUUGACUAUUUGGGAUGAUAAAAUGAGAUGUCUGUGUAAUGAAAAAGCACACGAUCUUGGCGUUACCUGCUGUGAUAUUUCUUCAUAUCCAGUUUCUGGUGGUGACCACGCGUCCGGAUACUUCCAGAUGGCUUCUUGUGGCCAAGAUAAUAAGAUCAAAGUCUGGUUUAUUUUGUUUGCAGACUCCUUAGGUUGUGAAUUAAGAUAUAAAUGCACGUUGAGUGGACAUUCUGCCCCAGUUCUGGCUUGUGCAUUUUCUUAUGAUGGGCAGAUGUUAGUCUCAGGGUCUGUGGACAAGUAUGUCAUAAUAUAUGAGACUAAUACUGGCACUAUCCUUCAUACUUUGUCUCAGCAUACCAGGUAUGUCACAGCUUGUGCCUUUGCGCCGCGCAGUCUCUUACUUGCCACGGGUUCAAUGGAUAAAGCUGUGCACCUAUGGCAGCUGGACAGUAAGCAGCCCUGUGCAGGAAACGCUACAGAAAAUAACUCUAAGAUUAGAACUGCUGAGAACUGGUCGGAGGAUGAAGUUUCAGCCUGGCUUUGUGCACAGGGCUUUGCAGAACUUGUUGGGCUUUUCAAAGCAAAUAACAUCGAUGGCAAAGAACUCCUGAAUCUUACAAGAGAAAGUCUGACUAAUGAAUUAAAAAUUGAGUCUCUUGGCCUGCGCAGUAAAAUCCUCCAGAAGAUCAAAGAGCUGAGGAUAAAAACAGUCUCUGUUUCCACUGCUGUUCCUGAUGAAUUCUUAUGCCCUAUAACUCGGGAGCUCAUGAAGGAUCCUGUCAUUGCAGCAGAUGGGUAUUCCUACGAAAAGGAGGCAAUAGAAAACUGGAUCAGCAAUAAGAGACGCUCCAGUCCCAUGACGAAUCUCCCUCUUCCCAGUCUUGUGCUUACACCCAACAGGACACUGAAAAUGGCCAUCGGCCGUUGGCUGGAGACUCAGCAGAACUGUGGUGAAACCACGUCGUUUUGAAGUUGUUUACUAAAAUGAAGUUACUGUGUCAGUAUGAACAGCUUGAAGUGGUCGCACCCCACAAGGCACUGGUCAGCAUGGGCUGAGCGCCCACCAGCAGCCAG